AUGGCUCAGUCAGAAGAUGAACCAAAGGAAGGGGAGGGCGUUGAAGCUCCUGCAAAGAGAGGGGGCAGCUCCACAGAUGAGUUGUUUGGGUUUAAUAAAAGAAAGAAGGCAGUCGGCUCGCCGCUCUGCGAAGAAACAGACGACAUGCUGCUGCACGUAGAAGACUCGCAGGCUCUACAAGAGGGAUCAACAGCAGCAACAGCAGCAGCAGAUGCUGCUGCUGCUGCUGCUGCUUUCAACUUCACCCCGACGCAGCAGACAGGGGGGGAACCUUCGCUGGACGACAGCCUCAUGGCGCUGCUGCUGCCGGACAGUUUGACUGCGCCAGACCCCUCAGACCUCCCGUCUGAGGAGCCAGCAGCCAACAACAGCAGCAGCAGCAGCGGUAGGGGGGCGGGCUACCCAGUUUCUCCCUCUUCUUCUGUGCUUGACGUGAACAGCUCAAAGCCCAUCAGUCUGCCAGGAGACGUUGGUGUGACAGCAGCAGCAGCAGCAGCAGCAGCAGGCGGCAACCACCCUGUUCAGGUGCAGAAUGUAAUAGCUAGCGGCCGUAUAGUUGUGGGGGGGCGGGCCAGCGCAUCUCUCGACUUGCGGCGUAUUGCUGUUAGCUGCCGCUUCGCUGAGUACAACCCCCGGAAGGUGAAUGCCUGCAUCGUCAGGCUGAGGAAACCCAAAUGCACAGGCAUGAUCUUCAGAUCAGGCCGGGUGAUGGUUACUGGAGCCCAGAGCGAAGACGCGGCAUUGCGCGCUGCUCGUUUAUUGGUGAAGAUGUUGCAGGCGAUAUUUUCUCCUUCUUCUUCUUCUAAGGGGCCUUCUUCUUCUCUUCUUCCCGCCUUGUCAGACAGUCAGGAGGGGGGUUUAGAAAGAAAGGGGGUUGUGGCUGGUGGAACAGAGAAGGAAGGCUGCGUUGUGGGUAUGAACGACAAAGAGAAAACCCUUCUUGCAAUUGAUGACGGAGCUACAGAGGAGACACGGCCACGUGCUGCUUCAACUACUGAAGGGGCUGAGAGAGAGAGAGACAGAGAGGGAGGGGCUUUGGUAGCCGUAGCAGCGAAGGACACAUCUCCCUCUUCCCCUCCUCCAGGGGCUCUGUCUAAACGCAACUACUCAAAUAUCCGAUUGACAGAAUUUGCUGUUGAAAAUAUCGUCGCCACAGCAGACUGCGGCCUCCCUGUGAGGCUGGAGGGUCUUGCAUUUGAUCACAAGGAGUUUUGUAGCUAUGAGCCGGAGUUGUUUGCAGGUUAG